AUGCCGAAGAAUAAGGGGAAAGGUGGCAAAAAUCGUCGACGUGGAAAGAAUGAAAAUGAAAGUCAAAAGCGUGAACUGAUCUACAAGGAAGAUGGUCAAGAAUAUGCAAAAGUGGAACGUCUUCUCGGCAACGGCCGGCUUGAGGCCUAUUGCUUCGACGGGGUGAAGCGGUUAUGUCACAUUCGUGGUAAAUUACGCAAAAAGGUUAGUCUAAUACUUUGCUUAACAUUCUUUGAUCUUUGUAUGGACAUUGAGUUCGAUUCUGAUCGACUGAUACCACCGUCUCAUGUCUUGAAAUGCGUGAAAGGAAACCCAUCAGGUAUAGUUGCUCUUUUCUUGAUAGUUUGA